AUGACCAGCCCUGCCAUAAAACGGAAAUCGGAGCAUAUCUCGGCCCCUGACUCGAAAAAACCCAAAGCAACUUCAACUUCAACACCAACCCCACGGUCAAGCAGCUUUAAUAAGGCAAAAUGGGUUGCUACCUUAACGCCCGAACAAAAGGAACUGUUGCAGUUGGAAAUUGAUACCUUGGAUGAGAGCUGGCUCGCUCACUUGAAGGAGGAAGUGGUCAGCACCGAGUUCUUGAACUUGAAGCGAUUCCUGAAGAAGGAGAAGGAUUCCAAUGUUAAGGUCUUUCCGCCGGAGGAGGAUGUCUAUUCAUGGUCCAGACACACACCCCUGCACAACGUCAAAGUGGUCAUCAUUGGCCAGGAUCCGUAUCACAAUCACAACCAAGCCCAUGGGCUCUGUUUCUCCGUCCGUGCCCCUGUACGAGCUCCGCCAUCAUUGCUCAAUAUCUACAAGGGUAUCAAGAUCGACUAUCCCGACUUCGAGUCACCGCCCGAUAAGGGAGGGCUACUCAUACCAUGGGCUGAGCGUGGCGUCCUGAUGCUCAACACUUGUCUGACUGUUCGUGCCCACCAGGCCAACAGUCAUUCCAACAAAGGUUGGGAGAAAUUCACACAGAAGGUUAUCGAUCUCGUUGCUCGGUUACGAACCAACGGCGUCGUCUUCCUUGCUUGGGGUCGGCCUGCCGGAAACAGAGUGGCAAAGAUCAACAAAGAGAAGCACUGCAUCUUACAAUCUGUACAUCCCAGUCCUCUGAGUGCGCAUAAUGGCUUCUUCAAAAAUGGACACUUCAAGAAGUGUAAUGAUUGGCUUGCUUCGCGGUACGGAGAAGACGAAAUAAUUGACUGGAGCUUAGUGCCAUCCAAAAAGCCUUUGGCUCCUUGCGCCCCUGACAAGGAAAAUUCGGCCGCUUCGGCCAACGUGCCAGUUAAGCCUCAGCCAAGCAAGGUUGAUGAGUUUGAUGAUGAUGAUGCCGUUGAAGCCUUAGUGGCGGCUGAAGCAGCUGAAGCAGCUGAAAGAUCUUUGAAUUCAGUUUAG